AUGAAGAUCUCUACUACCUUUCUCUAUACCUUCCUCGCCAUCACCACUCUGGGUGUUGCGAGCCCUACAGGCAACAACGCCGUUGCUGCCGAAGAUGUCACGCCAGUGCACGCUAGAGCGGAGUCUCUUUUCGACAAGCGUAAGAGCUGCAGCGGUGAGAGGAAAGACUCGGACACAUGUGGCGGAAAGAAGCUCGCAACACAAAACUCCUUUCAUAACUGUAAAACGAUAACCAAGGGCAAGUGCUGCGCCAAGAAUUCCGACGGAUCCGGAGGAAUCGACGUGAACAAGGGAGGUGGUGAGAACUGUGGUUAUUGCUUCAGUGGCAAAUGCUCUGCCUGA